GUGUUCAAUGAUGGUUUGUUUGAAAAUUCCAAAUUGUGCCCUUCUAGCCUACCUUGCCUCCUCUUUAAGUAGUCAGCUCCCAUGCUCUGAGCCCUUCACAUCCCCAUUAACUCUCUCUCUCUCUCUCUCUCGCUGACUUAAGUUGAAGGGUGUUGCUUUAGUAGUAUUGCGGAGAGAAAAUGGCAAUGAGCAGUUUAAUUUGCAUUGCCACUAGUCUACUAAUAAUAAUGUCAUCGUUGUGGAUGGCUGAAGCUAGAAUUCCUGGUGUUUACUCUGGGGGUGCUUGGCAAAAUGCUCAUGCAACCUUCUAUGGCGGUGCUGAUGCCUCUGGCACAAUGGGAGGAGCUUGUGGAUAUGGAAAUCUGUACAGCCAAGGGUAUGGAGUGAGCACUGCAGCACUAAGCACAGCACUGUUCAACAACGGGUUAACUUGCGGUUCUUGCUUCGAGAUAAAAUGUGCAAGUGACCCAAGAUGGUGCCACUCAGGCAGCCCAUCUAUUUUCAUCACUGCAACCAACUUUUGCCCUCCAAAUUAUGCACUUCCUAGUGACAAUGGAGGCUGGUGCAACCCUCCUCGCCCCCACUUUGACCUUGCCAUGCCCAUGUUCCUUAAGAUCGCCGAGUAUCGUGCCGGUAUCGUCCCUGUUGCCUACCGCCGAGUGCCAUGCCGCAAGAGGGGAGGCAUAAGGUUCACCAUAAACGGAUUCCGUUACUUCAACUUGGUAUUGAUCAGCAACGUGGCGGGUGCAGGGGAUAUAGUGCAGGUGAGCGUGAAGGGUUCAAAGACUGGUUGGAUGAGCAUGAGCCGUAACUGGGGCCAAAACUGGCAGUCAAACGCUGUUCUGGUUGGGCAGUCACUCUCCUUCAGGGUCAGGGCCAGUGACAGACGCUCCUCCACUUCAUGGAACAUUGCCCCAGCCCACUGGCAGUUUGGUCAAACUUUUACCGGCAAGAAUUUCAGGGUCUAAUUCCUUUUAUAUUCAUUUAACCAAAAAAAAACUAAAAAAGUUGAAGUUUUUUUUUGGCGGGCUUCUUUUUUGACAUGGGGAUGUUUGUUGGGGGAUGUUAAAGUAAAAGUGGGGUUAUAAUUAGGGACUCCAAAAGGGAUUGUGAGAUUUGGGUGACUGUUUUUUUUACUUUCAGAUUGGUGUGUGUUUCUCAACUUUGAAGUUGUGGUAACGGGGGAAGGAGACUGAGGCUGAGGCGGCUGCACAAAAGAUGGUUAGCCCGCUGUCUAGAUUAAAGUACUGGUACCAUAGUAAUGUAUGAUGAUGAUAUUAUACAUUCUGAGAAGUGUAUUGUAGUAGUUUAUAGCACUUGAUCAAUGGCAAGAAUAUUUAGUUUGCUUUUCCA